AUGGUAACUUUAUCUUCUCUUUCGAUCAGGGAUUUCGAAACCCUAGUCUAGUCGAUAUCGAGAUACAACCAAAGCCACGAUCUGCUGCUUAUAAUCUCUCUCAGGGAUUCAAGUCUCGAUUCUUGAAUAAUGGAGAAGGCUAAGGCUACGAAGGAGACAGCUGCGGUCCCAGUAACGUUCUUUUGGGACAUAAAGAGGUUUCCGGUGGGUCCGUGUAUCAAACAGAAUUUGAGGAAGCUUGGCUACACUGGUCCUAUCACCAUCACUGCCAUUGGCGUACUACCAGAGGUUUCCUUAGACAUCCUUGAAUCCCUCUCUUCCACUGGGAUCGCUUUUAAGAACUUGGCCAAAAGUCCCAGAGACGCUUUGGGUAUAUUCAUUGACUUUUAUCCUGAUGCUCCAUCCCCCGCUAAUAUAAUGUUCCUAUCCGCUCCACCAGCCUUCACUCUUCCGAUCGUCGAAACGCAUAUUAGCGAGAUACGUAACGAUGGAUACUACACUACUUUUCUCUUUGCACGUAAUUCUCAAGAUGAAAAGUGCCUCUGGCUUACUAACGAAAGUAACUACAAGAAGAGUAGGCUUACUACCGAAAGUAAGAAGAGUACCGAAAAUCCUGGGGCACUCGAGGAGGGGGAUAAGAGCAGUGAAACCAGUAAGCCUUCCUUCUGGGAUUGCUUUGUGUGCACUAGUAUUCGUGGCUAUGGCUUUCAAAAUUUUCUCACGCAUCUCUCUACUCGGCACCAUAAACGAAUGCUUUCCUACUGGAAUUCAUACGCCAAGCCUGGCGACUCGGAAUCUGACUCGGAAUCUGACUCUGACUCUGACGUGAAGGCUCCUAUCACCUAUCAUAGUGCGUAG